GGGUGUUUUUUAUGGAUAAAGUUGCCUGUUUUGUGGUUUUGAACAAGUGUUUUUUUAUUUUUGCUGAAGCUACUUUUCAUUUUAAAAGUACCUAUACAAAUCUGACUAGGCAUAAUGGAAAACGAGGUUUUAAUCAAUUUUACGAAUACUCUCUUGAAAGAGAAAAUCUUUAAUUGCCAAAUUUGCGAUGAGAUUUGCACGUCCAGAAUAUUUUUGGUUGUUGGAAAGGGAAAUGUGUGUUCGAAAUGCCAUGAUGAAAUAUGCCAAGAAGAAAUAAAAUCUAGAUCCGAACUGAAUCACGCCCUUUUCUUCGUAUUAACUCAAUUAAUUUUGCCUUGCAAAUACGAAUCAAAGGGAUGCGUGAAAAAACUAACAUGCAAAAAUUUUUCCAACCACAUUAAUAGUUGCGAAUUUAAAACAAAAUCGUGUCCGAUGAUGAACUAUGAAGGUUGCAAAUGGAAUGGAACUAAUCAGGAAAUAUUCGAUCAUUUAGCAACAGAUCAUAACAAGCAUGUCAUCAAAAGCCAAAAUAAUAUUUUUAAAGUGGAGACAAAUCUGUCUGAAUCGUUUAGCAUAAAACUAUUGAAUGCGGACCACAAUAAGUGUCUUUUAAAGACUUCAAUAAUUGAUAACAAAUUUUACUAUGCUUUGAAUCCCAUUGAACAAUUUGAGGACAAUGUUGAAUAUAAUGUAACACACAAAAGUAAAGAAAUAGAACUAUUCACAAAAACAUUCACAAAAACUGUAGGUACCCUCACUAAACUAAACAGUAUUUAUAAUGAAUCAAACCUAAAUAAUAACCCUAACGCAACCGGGGUGGAUAUAGAGUUAUUAAAAAAUUUGGCAGACGAAAAUAAUACAAUUAUAAAUGAAUAUAAUCUAAAUCCAAAAGAUAUCGAUGAAAACACUUUAAAACUAUUGGAAUGCCCUGUUUGUAUGAAUGUCUUUAGACCACCAAUUUAUCUGUGCAAUAAUGGACAUAGUAUUUGCAUACUGUGUCAUGAUGAGGUACAGCAAUGUCCCACUUGCCAAUCACAAUGGAUUAAAGCAAGAAAUUACUUGAUAGAAGGUUUGACAACAAAGUUUAGGUAUCCGUGCCGAUAUAAUAAACUUGGUUGCAAAGAAUAUGAUAUUGAAAGUGAAAUAACCAAACAUGAACAAUUGUGUUCCAUGCAAACAUACAAGUGUCCAAUGGAAUGUCCUGAAACUGGAACUUAUGAAUUUAUUUUAAAACAUUUAAAAAAAGUUCAUGGGAAUAAGCAAAUUACAAAUGAACCAAAAUCUACACUAAACAGUGCACUUUUAAUUUAUUGGACUAUUUUUGAUUCAAAAAUAUUUAAAAUAACAUACUAUAGAAAUACAUCCAACAAAUAUAACUUUAAUUGGAAUGCUGAAUUGGUUUGCUCCAAAGACCUAUGUUCCUAUUUUUAUGAGGUAUCAAUUGAAUAUAAUCAUGGAUGGCUUCUUCAAAAGAAAUCCUGCUGUUUAAAGGAAGGAACACUUGAUUUAACUAGAUCAAGUCCAGUUGGGUAUUAUAAUAAAAAUGUAAAUGAUAUCAAUUUUAAUGUUUCUAUUAUAAAAAGUUUGUUAUGAUUUUAUUUUUUUUUAAGUUUUUAUUAACCUGUGUAUCUAAAUAUGAGCUAAAAAUUUAACAUCUAAAUAUGUGCCUUGUACCAUUUGUAGAAUAAUGAUACAACACAUAUUUAGAUGUUACAUUUUUAGCUCAUAUUUUUAGCUCAAAUACAUAAUUCUUUUCCAAUAUUUGCCUUGCAUUUAUUAUUAUUUUGUUUUUUUUUCAAUCUUCAACAACAGUUAAAAAUAUUGAUGUUACCUAAUUAUUUGAAAUAUUGUCAUAUUUUAGCCGUUAAUUAAAA